GAGAGAGGGAGAGAGAGGGAGAGAGAGAGAGCGAGAUAAAGAGAGAGAGAGAGGGACUGCACCUUCUGCUGGCAAGGCAAAGCUGCUGCACGCCGUCGGCCUUUGCCAUUCAAGGCGCCUCUCCUCCUCGCCACGGAUCCUCUCCGCGGGAUUGCUCUCCGCAUCCGGCCGGGCGAACCUACCGGGCGUUUGCCCUCCAAAUGCCCCUCAGGAAGCCUCGGCCGGCUCGACGGGGAGCUCCCCGACGCCCGCUGGGGGUGGGAAAUCCCCGACGCUCGAGGGGCUCGCUGCCGAUGUGGGGGGGGGGGGAACUUCACCGCGAUGGCCGGCGACGACCACGACCCUCGGGGGCCCUCCUGCCUCGGCCCGCCGCGGCGUUGCCGGUCGCCGAUUAACCGGAGCCCCGCCCGCGCCGCGGCCCCCGCAUCACAAACCCCGCGCCGCCCUCGGCCCUCUCCUCUGGGCGGCGGGCGAGGGGCCGGAUGGCUUUGGACAUCAACCCCCCCGGGGGGGACUGGGAGCGAGCGGCCGAAGGCCGCCGACAGCGGGCGGUGAGGAUGGGCCUCGGGAGGAGCGAGGUGCGGGUGGUGGUGGUGGUGAGGGGGGGAGAGGGCAAGGAGGGAGAAAGCGCGGAGGACGACCCCCAAGGCACCUCUGCAACUGCCGCGAACUGCGCUUGCGGUGGCUGUGGCAGAAGGUUGCCCGCUCGGGGAUUGGCCUGCUCGGCCGCAUGAGGCGCUGCGCUAGCCGGCAGCUGACCUCGAAAGCACGGAGCGCUGCCUCUGCCUAUACGUGUUACAUGUGCUACGGCAUCCUGGAGGCCCCCCCCCUCAGGGAGUCGAUGCAGACGCUGAGCUACAAGGUGUUCGUGUCGGGACGCGCCGGCGUCGGCAAGACAGCCGCCAUCGCGAGGCUCGCCGGGCUCACCGCACUGCCGCCACACGCCUCCUCAUCCUCAUCCUCCUCAUCCUGCGGCGGCGGCGGUGGCUACCACGAGACUCCCGGGAUACAGACCACGGUGGUGGACUGGCCGGUUCGGCUGACGCCUUGUGACAAGCUGCUGCUCUUCCGACUCCACUUCUGGGACUGCGGGGAGGCCGCCCUGAGGAAGUUCGACCACAUCCUGCCUGCGUGUAGGGAGGGUGCCGACGCCGUCCUCUGCCUCUUCUCCGUCACUGAUCGCUCAUCGCUGGACGACGUCGUGCAGCAGAUGGCUCGCGUGUGUGGUGGUGGUGGGGGUGGUGGUGGUGCAGGUGGUGGUGGUGCAGGUGGUGGUGGUGCAGGUGGUGGUGGUGGGGGUGGUGGUGGUGCAGGUGGUGGUGGAGUGGUCCGGGCAGUGCUGGCCACAAAGUGUGACCAGCUGUCCCGCAGCGACGUGAGCGAGCGGGAGCUGAGCGACCUGCACCGCGCCUGGCACCUGCCGCUCUUCCGCCUCGGGGGGGCCGGGGGAGGGGGGUGGGGCGGGGACGGAGCGGCGGCUACGUGGAGAGGAGGCGACGCCCAGGUGACGUCAUUGCUGGACGGCCUCUCCCAGUUGCUGUGGUGCCAGGACCAGGCAGCAGCCGGACUGACGCAGACGGCACGGCAGGAGCUCAGGGUCACAUACUGCUAGCGUGGGGUCAGGGGUCAGGGUCACAUACUGCUAGCGUGGGGUCAGGGGUCAGGGGUCAGGGUCACAUACUGCUAGCGUGGGGUCAGGGUCACAUACUGCUAGCGUGGGGUCAGGGGUCAGGGGUUAGGGUCACAUACUGCUAGCGUGGGGUCAGGGGUCAGGGUCACAUACUGCUAGCGUGGGGUCAGGCUCACCUACUGCUAGCGUGGGGUCAGGGGUCAGGGUCACAUACUGCUAGCGUGGGGUCAGGGGUCAGGGUCACAUACUGCUAGCGUGGGGUCAGGGGUCAGGGGUCAGGGUCACAUACUGCUAGCGUGGGGUCAGGGUCACAUACUGCUAGCGUGGGGUCAGGGGUCAGGGGUUAGGGUCACAUACUGCUAGCGUGGGGUCAGGGGUCAGGGUCACAUACUGCUAGCGUGGGGUCAGGGUCACCUACUGCUAGCGUGGGGUCAGGGGUCAGGGUCACAUACUGCUAGCGUGGGGUCAGGGGUCAGGCGAGCUCAGGGUCACCUACUGCUAGCUUGGGGUCAGGGGUCAGAGCUCAGGGUCACCUACUGCUAGCGGGGGGUCAGGGUCACCUACUGCUAGUGUGGGGUCAGGUGAGGUCAGGAUCACCUACUGCUAGUGGGGGGUCAGGGGUCAGGCGAGGUCAGGGUCACCUACUGCUAGCGUGGGGUCAGGGGUCAGGCGAAGUCAGGGUCACAUACUGCUAGUAGAUUGUAGUGUGUCUGUGGUGUGUGUGGUGUGUGUGGUGUAGUGUGUGUAUGUAGUGUAUUGUGUAGUGUAUAGUGU